GAAUACUUAAUGACUAAUUGAUAAAUUUCAUUUAUUAUAUUAAAUAAUUUACCUAUUUUAUAUUAAAAUGUCACAUUUGGUUACCAUAAAACUCAGAUUUGAGUAUCAAUUCAAUAUAAAUGUUCUACUAUAAUCUUCAUUAUGAAAAAAAGAUUACUUUACAUUACAAUAUUUGGCUUGAAAUUUUUAAUUAUCAUGGUGAAUAAUUUUCCAAUUUAUGUGUAUAAAUAGUCAUGAAAGAUUUUGGUAUGUAGUUAAUAACCCAUCAAAUUAUAUUCAGAACACUUAAUCAAUAAAUAAAUUUCAUUUAGUAUAUUAAAUAAUUUACCUAUUUUAAAUUAAAAUUUCAGAUUUACUUACCAUAAAGCUCAAAUUUGAGUAUCAAUUCAAUAAAAAUGUUCUACUAUAAUUUUCAUUAUGAAAAAAAGAUUACUUUCCAUUGCAAUAUUUGACUUGAAAUUUAAUUAUCAUGGUGAAUAAUUUUCCAAUUUAUGUGUAUAAAUAAUGAUGAUAUUUCAGUUUUUGCAAGUCACAUUUCUUGAAAACAAUUGAUCAACAUAUUCUAUUGUAUUCUAGCAUGGAGGGGAAGAAAACAGCAGGACGCCAAAAAAUUCCAUUAGAGAAAAUAGAAAAAGAAGCUGCUCGAUAUGCCUCAUUUUCUAAACGUCGUUUAAGCUUAUAUAAAAAAGCAAGUGAACUCGUUCGAGAAUGUGAUGUCGAUCUUGGAAUAUUUAUUUCUUCUCAAACCGGUAAACCGUAUUCAUUUGUUCAUCCGACUACUAAUGCAGUCAUUGAUCGUUUUAUAAAUCCCACAACAGUAGAUCUAGGUGCACAACUCGCUGCUGCUGAGGCACGCAACAAGGUAAUUCAAUACAAUGAUAGGCUAAAUGAAUUUGAUGCAAGGGAAAAAGCUGCAAAGGAAAAAAUACGUUCUAUGGAUCAAAUGAACGAGGCUAGAGUUAGAGGUUGGUGGGAGGCCAUGGACCAGUUCAAUGCUGUGGACAUAACCAAGUUCAAAGAAUGGCUAAAUACCACUGAGGGUUUGUUAAAUGUCCAAUUGAAGCAGCUAGAAAAUGGAGCUUCGUCCUCUGUACAAUCCCCACCAGAGGAUGGAAGUAAUUGAUCUAGUGCUUCACUAAUAUCAUUGAAUAAUAUCUCUUAUCGAAGCCCUAUGCAUCAAAAUGAAACUUUAAAUUCAUAUUAUUAUCUGUGCUUUAUUUUUAUAUUUUUAAAUUUUGUUAUUUUGU